GCCUCCCCCCUCCCCCGCGGCCAUCCCCGGCGGGCAGCGGCGCUGGGGGCCCCUCGGCAACCCCUGGCGGCCCGGCCGGCCCCGGGUUCGCCCGGUAGCCUGGGGUGCCGGCCGGUCAGGCUGCGCCCCGAAGGCGCUCUGCGUGGCCCGGCUGCGGGCUUGCAGCCGAGCCGUGCCACCAGGAGCUGCCCCCAGAGCCGUGCUCAUCUCCUUCGGGCUAUCUCCUGUUGUCCCGGGCUGCCGGCCUUGUCCGGCCCAAACCGAAAUUCGGGCUGUGCGGGCUCGAUACGGCUCUGCGGCGUCAGCGCACUGCGGGGCUUAAUCCAGCCGCAAAACUUGCUUUCCUUAAAUAACCGAAUAGAUCUCUCUAUCUAUCUAUCUAUGUUACCGUCCUGGAUGUUUAGUUCUGCAGGUAGUAGCUUGUGUUUAACAUGAACUGACGGAAAUGGCAGCCUGCGGGACGGAGCCUUUACUCUCGUGUCCCCGUGGAGUUGCGCACGCAGCGAGGAGCUCCCGUCCCCUGCCUGCUCCCGUCCCCUGCCUGCUCCCGUCCCCUGCCUGCUCCCGUGCCCUGCCUGCCGCAGCAGCUGCCCGUGGCCAGCCGCGAGGCCCAGCUUGAGGCCGGUGCGGUGCUGGGUCGCAGCGAGUGGGCUGCAGGAGAGGCCACCAGGCCUGUUUGCGCUCCUGCCAAGGAGGCCGUGCCACUCCAGGUUUGGAACAGGCUCAUCUGCCUACACAGCACUAGCAGAGGGAGUGUCUACCUGUGAAAGAGACUGCAGAACCAGCUCUGCUUUCCUUCCUUCAGUUUCCAAGCCGUGCUCUCCAGCAAAGUUACCUCAGAGAAAGCAGCUGUUGCCUGCCUCCGCUCUGCUGCACGUGGAUGACAAACUGAAGGCAGCCAGAAUUCUUUGGGGACAAAAUGUAUUUACAGCUCCAUAGCUGGAGCCGAUAAAUCCUUUCAUCUGAAGCUUUUCAAAAUACUUUUCUGCCUUCAGCCAGAACUUUGUAGGUUUGGCAGAGUUACAAGCAAGGAACAUCUUCAGAAACUGUAGUGCAACUGUGCGAGGCGGUGGUUCUAAUCUCACUGACUGCUGGUUAUCUUUCCCUGAUGUGCUCUCUUUUCUUCAUGAAAGAGGGUUAGUUUUGUGAUGGAGACAGCAUUGAAGUCUCAUUGUGAUGAACAGCACCCUCAUCAGGCUGAAGACAUAAGCAGGAAGCAUGAGCAGAACAGCAAGCUUUCAGGAAUAAAAAAAGAUAUUGAAAAACUUUAUGAAGCAGUGCCACAGCUUGUAAAUGUGUUCAAAAUUAAGGAAAAAAUUGGAGAAGGUACUUUUAGUUCUGUUUACUUGGCCACAGCAAAAUUACAAGCGGGAUGUGAAGAAAAAAUGGCUCUGAAGCACUUGAUUCCAACCAGUCACCCUCUGCGAAUUGCUGCUGAACUUCAGUGCCUCACAGUAGCAGGGGGACAAGAUAAUGUUAUGGGAGUUAAAUAUUGCUUUAGGAAAAAUGAUCAUGUGGUUAUUGUUAUGCCCUAUCUGGAACACGAAUCCUUCUUGGACAUUUUGAAUACUCUUUCCUUUGAAGAAGUGAGAGAAUACAUGUUUAAUCUGUUUAAAGCAUUGAGGCGCAUUCAUCACUUUGGUAUUGUUCAUCGUGAUGUCAAACCCAGUAACUUCCUCUACAACAGGCGGCUAAAAGAGUAUGCCUUGGUAGAUUUUGGCUUGGCACAAGGAACCCCUGAUACAAAAAUUGAACUUCUCAAAACUGCACAGUCUGAAGACCAGCAGGGAAGUUGCUCACAAAGUAAUCCCAACACAGCUCUGGGAAAUGGGGUUUCUGUCGGCGUCACAGCACCUAAACAGAUAGCUCAACAGUCAGCCUCAAAAGCGUCUGAUAAACGGUCCAGCUCACUGUCAAAAAUACAGAUAAAACAAGGAAGAGGAGGAAAGGAGGAAUAUGUGCACCAUUCUGUCCAGCGCUCUGUCUUUGGAGAGAGGAAUUUCAAUGUCUAUAGUUCCACAUACCAGGAGAACUCAAAUACAAAACUCGUGAAACAAUCAAAGGUGAUCGAUGUUUCAUCUAGGAAGUUAGUAACAAAGAAGAAGAUUAUUUCUACCAGGACAGUGAGCAAUGGGGUAGGCAGAAAAGCUGCCAGUGGUUGUCCAUCAAACCUGACCUGUGACUGUUAUGCAACGGAUAGAGUUUGCAGUGUUUGCCUUUCAAGGUGUCAGCAAGUUGCUCCCAGAGCAGGAACACCUGGAUUCAGAGCACCAGAAGUAUUAACAAAGUGCCCCACUCAGACAACAGCAAUCGACAUGUGGUCUGCAGGAAUUGUAUUCCUUUCUCUGCUCAGUGGACGGUAUCCAUUUUACAAAGCAAGUGAUGAUUUAACUGCUUUGGCACAAAUCAUGACAGUUCGUGGAUCCAGGGAAACCAUUCAGGCUGCUAAAACUUUCGGUAAAUCCAUUCUGUGUACCCAAGUUGUCCCAGCACAAAACUUAAGAGCCCUUUGUGAGAAGCUGAGAGGAACAAACAGCAGCUGUAGCAGAUCCCAGCCUGAUGUACCCAUCAAGUCUGUAAAUGACUCAGCUUUGCCAGUUGAAAUAGACAAACAGUGUGCCCCUGAGACACUUGGAAAAGAAAUUCAAUACUUAAAGGGUUGUCAGGAAGGUGAUGGUGCUUCUGAAAUUAAGGCAACAGACAUGAAAGGAUGGGAUCAGGUUCCUGAUGAAGCAUAUGACUUACUUGAUAAGCUACUAGACUUAAACCCUGCAACAAGAAUAACUGCAAAAGAGGCUUUGCUGCAUCCCUUUUUUAAAGGCAUAAGUCUAUGAGAACAUACCCUGGUAUUGCUUUGAUACAUUUUAUGUGAACAUGAGAUUCUGAAGCAGUUUUAUCCUGUUGCCCUUAAUGUUUACACUCAGUGAAAUACCAUGACAUUGUGCACAGCACUACUGAAAUCGUCUUGUGCAGCUGGACUGCAAAUGUAAGUUUACAUUAAGAAAUACUUGCAGAUGUAAAUAUUACAUAAACAUCACUAGCAUGGUCUUAUCCUAUGACACUUUUGACGUGUUAUUACUGUGUGUACCUGUUCUCUAAGAAAAUUUUCUUUGACUAAAAAGAAGAGUUUCUUGUGCUCCAAGCUUAAUUCUCAAGAUUCUCCCUCAAAAUAUACAAAUUUGUGUUAAGGCAGGACUGAGAGGAAAAGUGCUUGAGAGGUUUUUUUUUCCAUAAUUUCAUAUUUCUGCUUUGUUCCUGAGUACUACAUGGGAGACUGAAGAUGGAACAAAUUCCAUUAAUUUUGUUCAGACUAUUUUCAGACAACAGUUCUACUUUGGGAGUGUUGCUAGAGGAAGGGCCAGGUACUGGAGGUUUUAUCAUCAAAAUAAAUGCAUAACUGUUUUUAAAGUACAUUUUCUCCCCCCCAUCUGUUCAUUCCUACUUAGGUAUUAGCGAAAAAUGCAGUUACUCAUUUUGCACAGCACAUAUUUCCUCUGUGCCAUGGGUAGCUGUCAAUAUGCAACAACUAUGGCCUACAGAAUGUCUUGUGUGACAUGUAAAAGUGAUUUCUGUUAUGGAAACUGAUCUUCACAGAAUAUCUUAAAUAAAGGAUUUGUUUUUAUAACUUCA